UUUUGCUACUUGGUUGUGUUUGCCAUGUGUUGCUGACUUCCUUUUUUGGGCAGCUGCAAUGCUCGUUACCCGAGGCUUUCAGGAAAUGGGGUGCCCUUGCACCCUAGAGAUCAACCUGUUGCCAUAGUAAUGGUAGAAAUGCAUGUCUGCCUCACAACAGGGGAGAUGGGAAGAGAAGAGUCCGGCAUUUCAUCCCAUCAUUAGCAUAUUAGCCCCUUAGAGCCAAUGAGAUGACGCAAGGUAUGGGAAUACUCCAAGGGGACUGGCUGUGACAAUAGCCCUCCUCCCUCGCUGUAAACUCUUCCACCCCCUCCCAGGGGGAAAAAAAACCCCAGUAAUCCUGAAGAAAAUCUCCUGUGUUCAAACUAAUUCUGUCCAGAGAACUUUAGUAAUGGCCAUUUUGUGUUGAAUAUUUUGUUGUCGGCUGGCAUGUGUUUUGAGGUAGGGGAUCAGUGAUAGAGUCGUGUGAUGAUGCUCAGAUCUCAGUGGCCUGCAUGUCUCUUUAUUUUGGCCUGUCUUUAAAGUGUCUAUGGAAUGUGGCGCCUGACCAGCACACGGGUGCAACUGGUCUUACUUUGUUGCCCAAUCCGAGUCUAAUACUGUUGGAGUAUCUUUGGGAUACGGCAUUUCUUCUUUGUGUCUGUUCUGAAAUCCUUCGUCCAGAUGUUUGGAAUAUGAAAAUGGUGGAUAUUGUAGCUCAGAAAAUGCCCUCAGAGAAUGACGUGCAUGUGGCAAGAAGCUUUCUAACGAAGAUUUUGCGAAGUUCCAUGAGAAAGAACCACUUUAAAGGGCGGAAUGAACCCAUAAGCAGGCCUCACUCCUGGCACUCUACCAAGUUCAAUGAAAGCCAAUCAGAGACUGCCAAAACGCAGUCUCCACCCACGGCAGUCUGGCACACUAGAUAUGAUGCAAGCUCAUCCUCCACUGAUCUUUCCAGCGGCUGGGAGCAGACAAACCUGCGCAGAGUGUCCGACCAGUUCAGCUCACUUGGCAGCAUGGACAGUCUAGAACAUGUGUCACACCCUUACCCUGCCGGUCAGCUGUCACCUGCCAAGUCAAACAACAGUAUGGAGCACCUAGGAGGAGGGAAACGAGACUCAGCCUACAGCUCUUUCUCUACCAGCUCUGGCACACCAGACUACACCCUCUCUAAGAGCAAUGCUGCCUCAACAGAGAACAUGCUCUAUAAAGUUGGUCAGUGGGAUGCAGGAGGAAAACACAACAAUGGCAGAAACAGCCAGAGUCUGACUGCUGAGGGACUCAGACAGGAUGACAGGCUCACAUAUUUUCAGAUGCCAGGAGUUAGCUCAGGCUGUGAUGGUCCACAGACCGAGGAUCCAGCUGGCUCCCGUCAUUCCACUUCAAGUCGCACCAACUUUGGUCCUGUUUGGAACGUCCCUGAAAAAAAGAAGACAGCUUCACCCUCUCCUCCCCCUCCACCUCCUCCUGCUCGCAGUGAUAGUUUUGCUGCAACGAAGGUACACGAGAGGGGGCUUGUUAUAGCUCACCCAGAAGGAGCAGAUUCACACAAGGCUUCCUCUGAAAAUCGCCGCAGUCACAACAUUUCCCCGAAAAAUGACAGUGACAAUUUUUACAAUUCGUCCGAUAAAUCCAACCAGAGUCAGUUCAUCUCCAACAAACAGUAUUCCCUGUCUAGCAGUGAUGUUCGGCAAGGCCCACAUGUUAACCAGCUCUACCAUCAAAGACACCACAGUGACAAAAGCACUUUUUAUCCUCAACCCUGGGUUACAUCCGCACCAAAGCCACAGAACGUAGGCGGUUACUAUUGUAGCUUGCAGGAACUGCCUACUAACGGUUCUACUCAACACUCUGGCCAGAACCAGAGGAGGAAUUUAAGCACCUCCCUGUCCUCCACAGCCACUGACCAAAACACUGAGAGCAGUGGGUCUAGCCGAUACUACUGUUUCACUACAUGUCAACCCACACAGCCUAACCCCCUGUCUUUGUCAGGAAUACCAGAGGACAGGAGGAGUGUGACAGGUGUAGAUCCGACACAGACUGGGAAUGAGCGGAACUCUCUCAGCCCACAAACAGUCACUAGAGUCAAGUAUCAUCUGCCCCAACAACAGCAGCACUCCUCACACAGUAAAGACAAUAAUGGAUACGGCAAACACCAAGUUACCACUGUACUAGAAACCUCUGUACUUAAACUUAACCCUGAUGAUAGGGGAGGCCAGAGAGGACACAACACGCAAAAUGCAGAAGCUCAGUACAUGAGUUGUCCUUCAGGCAGACAGUCUGAUCAACGAAGGUCUCUUCCCCUGCAGCACAGAGAAUUGCCCCAAGACAUCAGACAUCACAGCCAAGUGAGCAACAAGAUCUGCCCCCAGGCAACACCGAUGCUUCACUCACUUUCCAUGGAUGCCGCAGGCCAAGGUGAGAAAACAAGAGGCACAAACACAGAGGAGUCCCUUGAGAGUAAGCAGGUAAAACGCAGCGAACGAUUUGCCACCACACUGAGAAAUGAAAUCCAGAUGAGAAGAGCAAAGCUGCAAAAGAGUAUGAGUGCAGCUACUCUCCCUGGUGCCGAGUGUGAGGCUGAAGAAGAUCAGGAUGUCUGGAAGUCAACCGAAAGGACCACACCAACCUCUGCAGAUGGCUCCUUCUCCAACACCUACAAAGAUAAUCUAAAGGAAGCACAAGCAAGGGUGCUCAAGGCGACUUCUUUCAGGAGGAGGGACCUGGAGCCGGUCCUACUGGAGCACUCUACAGGUGAGGCCUUACCUAGCUACCCAUCUUCAGCUCGUAAAGACCCUCUGACAACUGUUACAGAGUCAGUAACAAGUAAUUCAGGACUUUCCAGUGGUCAGGUAACUCGCAUUGGUGGUCGGAAGCGUUUUCCUGCAGAAAAAAAGGUGAAGUGUUUCUCUGAACCAGAUAAAAUCCAUGAAGUUGGGAUGAAAGAAAAUCUAACUCUCAGUGAAAAUGCCAGCUCCUCACUAGACCAAGAGAAGCUCCUAAAAGAAAAUGGGAAUUUAGGAUUCAUUAAUCACAUGCCCCCUCAUAGCCAUAACAAGAACCAAGACCGAGAUCUUUCCUCCACCAUUGCAACAGAGGACACAAUGAAAGGAACCAAGGUCAGACCUGAGGAGGCCCAAGGAGCCCCUUACUUUGCUCACAAGCAGUCCGUCCAAGACCAGCAAAGACUGGGCACCUUCGCUGAGUAUGAGGCAAGGUGGAAUAUACAGAAGAAACCUCCAGAAAAAAGAGCCUCCGGAAGGUAUCGAUCAGCUGAUAACAUACUAGAUCCAGGACCAGAGGAGAGAGACAAAACUACCUGUUUCCAUGAGAGGUCCCGAUCAUCUCCUUCAGCAGAGAUGUAUGGACAGAAGAUUCCAGUUCCUGCAAGAAAGUCUGACACAGAAUAUUCCCAGUCGGAGAGUAAACCUGCUCAGCCGCUCAGCGUUGACACAGGGUUCUCUGACAGAGGCCCAGGUGACUGUAAAGUGAGAGAAAAACCUGUAGAGUUUGAACAUUACCCAGCGCCGCCCCCUCCGCCCAUGACAGGAGCCAGCCCUGACUGCAGACACAGAGCUGCCUCGGUCACCGUGAACCACAGACCCACAUCUAUUUCUCACAGUCUCCCAGAACCUCCCCCCCCUCCGCCUGAUGACCACAGCCUCGCCGAGCUGCCGUCUGGACUCAGGAGAAAGCCCUCUGCGCUGGAGAAGCCUCCCCCACCCAGAUGCCCAGAGGUCGACUCCCACGAGUCCUUCACUGGUUCCCAGAGUGAAGUCUUCACCCACUGUUCUCCUAACACUAAGCCUAACUCCGCCUUUGACGCCACCCACUCUGCACAGGGAGAUUCUGAGCAGGGCAAAGGACUCGUGGACAAAGGACAAGGGGCAGUACAUCAUCUAUCAACAUCCAAUCCUCAGCCUGCCUCCUCUCCCCCGGCUUCCUCCUACAGACCUUCAGUGCUGGUCAGCAUGGAGGGGCAGCGCUCACCAUCUCCACAGUUUUCCCCACAGAGACUCAGCGACAAGCCUCCAGUCUCUCUGCAGGAUGAAGACACCAACAGGAUGGAGCAUGUGAUAGAAAGCCAAAAUCCUGCAGUGAGGAAAGUGCCCAUCAGGAUUGUCCACUCAGAAGGAAUCGCAGGGAAGGAGAAUUGUCCGUUUUUGCAGCACAGCGACCCUCCUGCUGUUGAAGCUGAGGGACAUGGUGUUACCAGGCUCGGCAGUCUGGGAGCUGCAGGGCAGGACUCCGUCUUCUGCGCGUUCACCCGGCAGAGGGAGCCUGACAACAUCCCGGCCGCUCAGACGCUCCAGAGAGACACAUAUAUGACCACUGUAAGAGAUCACAUCAGCUCCAACAGUCAGCAGCCACCGCAGCCCACAGAGGAGACUAGCAGCAACAGGGCGGCUGCAACCACAGGACUGACUGAGGAGGAGGACCAGAAGAGAGAGGAGUUGGCCAGAGACAUCAUGGGGAAGGAUAAAUCACUAGCUGAUAUUCUGGAUCAGAGCAAGAUGAAGACGACCAUGGACUUGAUGGAGGGCAUCUUCCCUCAGGGGGAGCAGCUGUUGGAAGGAGCUCAGCAGCGCAGGAAGGUGCAAAAUAAACAGACAAACUCCCGGCCUGCUGAGGAAAGGGAAAAGGAAGAUAAUAUGGCAGCAGCUGUCACCAUGGUGACCAGCGCUACAUAUUACAGCACAUCUGCUCCCAAAGCUGAGCUGCUUAUCAAGAUGAAGGACAUGCAGGAGCAAAAGGAGGAGGAGGAAGACUCUGAGGAUGAACUGGACAUUGAUUUGGCCAACAAGAAGCAAGAGCUGAUCGACAGCCUCAGCAAAAAGCUCCAGGUGUUGCGGGAGGCCAGAGAGAGUCUCCAGGAGGACAUCUUGGACAACAAUGCUCUGGGGGACGAGGUGGAAGCCCAAGUCCAGCAGGUCUGCAAACCCAACGAACUGGACAAGUUCAGGAUGUUUGUUGGAGACUUGGACAAAGUGGUGAGCCUGCUGCUGUCCCUGUCAGGCCGCCUGGCCAGGGUGGAGAACGCCCUCAACAGUCUGGAGGAGGACACUACUCCUGAGGAAAGGCGUACGUUGAUUGAAAAGAGGAAGUUGCUGAUCCGACAGCACGAGGACGCAAAGGAGCUGAAGGAGAACCUGGACCGUCGAGAGCGUGUGGUUUAUGACAUCCUGGCUAACCAACUGCAGGAGGACAGCCUCACGGACUAUGAGCACUUUGUCAAGAUGAAGUCUGCGCUCAUCAUCGAGCAGCGCAAGCUCGAGGACAAAAUCAAACUGGGAGAGGAGCAGCUGAAAUGCCUGAUGGACAGCCUGCCCAUAGAGCAGAGGCUGGUUUUGUGAAGAAGAUUGAUACUGUUAGGUCUUAAAUAGCCCAAACUCUGAAAGAAAGUCUGCUCAUGUGGCUCCAGGUUGCAUUUGAGCCCUUUGGCCAGCAGAGGACGACAAAGAUGAGAAACUGCAGUGUGUUGGGAACCAGGACUGGUGCAUUUUGUGACUUUGUGAGCUCCUAUACUUCUUUCUUUUGAACUGGACUGCCAUAGCACCACUUGGACUGACAGCAUCCACGAGUAACUCCUUUUUAAAAGAUGCUGCUUUUCUUGGCAACCACUGUAUCUAAUGUCCUUUAUGCCAUUUUUGCUUGGUUUUUAUGUUUUUUUUUUGGUUUUUUUUUAGUAAUUUAUUGUAGCCUUUUGAAUCUGUGCAGGAGGGGACAGUAUUUUAUCAACUGAUUUGAGCAGCCAUGCUACCUGAUGUGUGUUACACGCUGAGCAAGUAUUUAUCAUGUUCUACCUUUAAAUAAUUUCACUCUGAAACCCUUUUUUCCUGUGAAAUCUGGCCAAAUAUUUCGACUCACACUCAACUUUCAUUAACUUUUAUAUAUAAACUAGUGGCCUUUUACUAAAAUUUUUGUGCUUUCCUCACCGAAGCAACAUUCCCUCUGCAAUAAGCACAAGAUGAAGAUGUUAGUGCAGCAGCUCUGUGGAGAGAAAGUGUGCAGAUACUGGUCAUUUUAAAGAGCACUUGUUCAAUUUCACUAAACAGGAGAAACACUUCACGUUCUGACUCGAGUCAGAUUCACAUUUGAAGUGCCUGGAGAAUCAGCUACGUCACUGUCCGCUCUAUCAUUCUACAUGUUUACUCGUCAGUGUUGUUUUGGGUUUUUUUUUUUUUCAAUUUACAGCCAGCAAAUCUCGUCUAGAUUAUGAUAUUGCCACAUGUAAGAUGACCAAGGGUUGCUGUAUUUUAUUUUAUUAGUUCACUGUUAUUCACGGUGCAAAGUUGAAUGCAUAACUACCACAGUUGUUACUUCUAGUUCACAAAAAAUUGUCCAGGUUGAUCAUUUUUUGCAGCCAAAUAUGGAACUAAAUCAUUCCAAAGCGUUAUUUCAAAUGUCUAAAGUUCAGACAUUGUUGAUUAAAUCUCCUGGAGGAUGUUUGCUCUGCACAUUUGUUACAGUUUCACACGCUUCACGUGCUGCUGCACCCCGACUCUUAACACUUUCAAAUAAAGAGUCUGCUGAAAUCA